AUGGCGCCUCAUCCUCACUGGUUUCUCCUGGGCUCGGUAUUGACCGGAGAGUUCAGUGACUUUAGCCUCACUUGCAAGGAUCACGAGUUCAAGCUUCACCAUUUGGUCGUUUGCCCCCAGUCGCCUGUCAUCAGAGCUGCGCUUCUCGGCGGCUUUGAGGAAACAACAUCAAAGUUGGUCACCGUCAACGAGUUCGAUGUCACGACCGUUCGGAGCAUGGUCAUGUUCCUCUACACGGGAGACUACGACCCGAGAACCGACAAGUUGCAUUUCCCUCUUGAGGCCGAUGAUGUUAGAAGGACCGAGGAAGCCGAGAUCAAUGAUAGCGAGGAGGACAGGAUGUCGGAAGAGUCUGAGACGUCUGAAGCUGAACGCAACAGGAAUACCGAAAAUAUCCUCUCCCACCUACGCGUCAACGCAAUCGCCGACUACUACGGGAUCAAGGAGUUGAUCCAAUUGUCCACUGCCAAGCUCUGCACCAUUUUCAAGAACGAACAGGACUUCUGGAUCUUUCCUAAGGUUAUCCAGGAGAUGUCUGUCUCCAACAGGGACACAGAUCUCCAAGCCACCGUCGCCUCCGCAAUCGCGGAGUACGUCGAAGAUCUCACCUCAUCACAAAUUCUCCGACCCCUCGACAUUGAAAGCAACCUCGCUAUUGAAAUAAUCGAGGCUUGUGGUAAACGGAUUCAGAAGCUCGAGAAACAAUUGACCGAUGCUUAUGAGCUGAAGGAUACCUACUAUUCAGCAAAAGAACGUGAACAACGAGCCCAUAACGCUAUUCACGGACAAGUCCGAAACCUUAUCACGGUAUUAAGGAGAAGCCAUGGGUGCGUUUCUUGCGGCAAUCAAUUUAAGUGCGCAAUCGAUGAGCCCUCGGAGACCGCGACAAAUGUUUAUGCUAUUCGUUGCAAAAGCUGUGGCCUUCAACAGCCAUGA